CCCAACACACCUCAUUAAAUCUAGGGUUUUUGUAAGACCCAUUUACGGAGUCAGACCACUAAAAAGAGAGUACAGUAGUAGCAGUACUUUAUAGAUUAAAAUUUUCGGCAGAAGAAGAAGAAGAAUUUACAAAACAAAAAUUCUUUUUCUAUUUUUAAUUCCAGAAACCAAUCAUUCACUCCCAGCGAAUUCUAGGGUUUUACAAAGACUACUUGUCUUGCGCCGAUUAUCCCCUUCGCAAUUUUGAUUUAGCCAAAAAAGAAAGAGAAAACUUCACUCAAGGUUUUCUUGAAUUAGGGUUUUAAUUUUUGAUGGCUUAUCACUCGGUUUCAGGUGGUCCUGGAUCAUGGUCAGGAUCAAGUUCUAAUUCAGGUCUUCAGUUCCUGAAUUCUCCUUUUGGUGAUACUACUUAUACUAAGGUAUUUGUUGGUGGAUUAGCAUGGGAAACACAGAGUGAAACUUUACAUCAUCACUUUCAACAGUUUGGUGAGAUCUUGGAAGCUGUUGUUAUUACUGAUAAGAAUACUGGAAGAUCAAAGGGAUAUGGCUUUGUUACUUUUAGCGAUCCUGAAGCUGCAACUAGGGCUUGUUUAGAUCCAAGUCCUGUUAUUGAUGGUAGGAGAGCUAAUUGCAACUUGGCUUCGCUUGGCCGGCCUCAGCAAUCUCCGCAGCCAGUCGGAACCAUGAGGGCAGUAACUCCCUACUACGGCGGAGUGCAGGGUCUCCGUGUGCCAUACAUCGCAAACCCCACUUACACCCAAUCGGUUCCAUACAGCUACCAACAAGGGUUGCCAUAUCCUCCAUAUGGAUACACAACAUAUGGAUCAGAAUACGCCUACCCUCAGGGUCUCUAUAGUCCUAAUAUGGGGCAGCAUUACCUUCAGAUGCAUGGAAUGCCAGGGGCUGUUAACUCGACUAUAUAUCCAUAUGGUCAAUUGCGUCAACCUCUUUCUAGCCCUCAUGGGUACACAGCAGUUCAAGGUUAUACAAUGCCCGGGCAUCAUGUAGUGCAAUUUGGCGGUUACAAUGUUGAUGGGAUAACUGCAGCCCGUGUUCCUACGCUUACAGUGCCAUAUCCCACAGUUGUAGCGGCACCACUACCAGCACAGCCCCGGUUUAUAGUUCCUGCUCAUUCUCCUAAGUUAACGCAUGAUAGCAGUUCUGGUCAAACGACAAAUUAAGGGGUAGAUUUGAGAUGAGUCGCAUCUUGAGGUGUCCUUUAAUUCCAGCUAAGGCUAAGAGCACCAGUUCUGCUACGCAAGUGGCAGGCUUCAAAUUCUAGCCUGCAAGUCAUCAUCUUUGCAUUCUAAAAGGUCAAUUCGUAGUCAUGGUCACUGAGAUACCUCAAAGUCAGAUGUCGGAGUCACUUCAAAUCCUGGAGGAGCCAGAAACAGGGAAGAACCCAGAUUCUGCGGUAGUGUCUGUAAAAGCACUCCUGCCCUGCUAGGAAUCAAAAUGACUGGGCGGAGAUAAUAUUUAUCGCGACAGCUAGGGAUGCUGGAAGCUGGUUUUCAGCAACCUUUGAUGAUCUGAAGUGAGUACUUCAAAACACAUUGGAACCAAAAUAUGGUUUCUAUUGGUCUUAAGGCCCAGGAAGGAAACAGGGUCUUUCAUAGAGUCGGUAUCGUAUAUCUUUUUGUCUUGUUUAGGGGAACGGAGAAGGGUAUCGUAUAUCUUUUUGUCUUGUUUAGGGGAACGGAGAAGGGUCUGUGUUCUCUAUGUAACAACUCAUUUGUGUAAUAGCGUAGCAACAGUAGUGUUCAUUUCAGGGUCUGUGUGGGUGGCGUGUGCAUGUGCAUGUUAAGGGCUCUGGUUGUUGGGCAAGGUGUUUCACAGUUCUUUGUGUCUUUAACUAAGCAUGAAACAACUGACGGGAAAUGGAAUAUAUAUAAUUCAGUUCUGAAAA